CCUCUCCUGCUCCCCCUUCCCCCAUUCCAAGCCGCUACCUUGGCGUCCGCGCGAGCAAAACGCCGGCUCGAGAGGCCGCUCGUCUCCGAUUAGGUGCGCGCCCCUCCUCGAAAUCGCGCUCCAUUCCUCGAAUCCCCCAAUUGGGAACCCUGAAAUCGCGUGCCGUCGCAGCGAAGCUUCCGGAAGCUUCAGGAUUAUCCGGGCGUAUUCCGCGCCUGGGCCGCUGGGAUUCCGUAAUUUACAGUUUCGGUUGGGGCGUCGCUGUCCGCCGCUUGUUCGAUUUGCAUCCUCGGUGCGCUCGUCGGCUUCAGUGACGUUGCUGCGUGGGCCUGCCGAAGUAUUUGUUGCCAGGAAGGCGCCGCUUUGACGGAACACAUCUUACACCUGGCGGUAGUGGCGGUGGUGCUGGCCGGUGGACGCCAUGAGCUUUGUGUUCCGCGGCAGCAGGGCUGACAUCGAGGCCGGUGGCUCCCCGGGGUUCGCCCCGGAGCGCCGUGCCAUGCGGAUUCAUGCCGGAGGCCGGCCGGUGAACAGCAAUUCCUUAGCUUUUCUUGUAACAGUUCUUGUUCUAUUCAUGGUACUAAGCUCGCACCAGAUGUCUCCAAAUUUUAUGCUUUGGCUGGUGUUGGGUGUGUUCCUAAUGGCCACCAGCCUUAGGAUGCUGGCCACGUGCCAGCAGCUCCAAGCGCAGGCGCAAGCACAUGCUGCAGCCGCCAACGGCUUCCUUGGACGCACUGAGUUGCGGGUGCAUGUCCCGCCAAGCAUAGCCGUUGCUACGAGAGGCCGGUUGCAAAGUCUCAGACUUCAACUUGCUCUGCUUGACCGCGAGUUUGAUGAUUUAGAUUAUGAUGCUCUUAGAGCUCUAGAUGCCGACAAUAGUCCACGUGCUCAUUCUAUGAGUGAAGAAGAAAUAAAUACUCUCCCUGUUUUCAAAUACAAAUUUCAGGCGCAGCAGGCAAGCACCGCUGCCCAAAAAAGUAGUGAUGGACCAUCUGUACCGGUGGUUUCCUCUCCUGGAUCUGGCAAGGAGAAAAAGCAAGAUGCAGAUGGAACCAGCAUAACGCCAGAAGAUGAGUUGACGUGCAGUAUUUGCUUAGAGGAAGUUGUUGUGGGUGAUCUAUUGAGAAGCCUGCCAUGCUUGCAUCAGUUUCAUGUGAGCUGCAUCGACCCAUGGUUGCGCCAACAAGGAACAUGCCCGGUCUGCAAGCGCCAGGUGAGCGACGGGUGGCAGGCCGCCGGCGAAGUUGAAGUGGACGCUUCUUACAUGGUGUAACCUAUAACAUGAGCUUCAGGCCUUAACCUGAUAGUACUAGUUACAGAAAAAAACCCAAUUGAAUUGGGGACUAAUAGGUGUCUAGUCGUGCCGAGAGCUCCUGUAUACAUGAGAUGUUCCCAGCUCCUUCCUCUCCGAUGUUUAUGCAUCCAAAGGCUACUGAUAUUUUCUGGUUGAGUUUAAUUACUCUGGUCGAUGAGCUAGCAGCCUA